AUGUACGUCGCACCCCGUGGGGUACCAGAUGGAGUAUUCCACCCCGCUGUUUUGAGCCCUUCAGGAAACCAAGACGAGACUUACGCCUUGGCACUGGACCAGCUUCGCAGGCUAAGAAACACCCUUUGUCACCAGAACAGUACGAAAGAGAUUGUGAAAACAGACUUUGAUCGCUACAUUCAGCUAGCAAAAGAUGCUUUUCAUGCACUUGGACUAAAAAGCACAAAGAUUGAUGACGUGGGAAAGCUUGCUGAAAAAGACUUUCCCACUGCCAGGCUUCAACGGUUAGAAGAAGAACUCCGGGUUGAGAGGUUCAAGCCAAUUGAGGAUAUGUUGGACCAAAUGCGACGCGAUGGGACAGAGGUAAAGAAGGGUGUAAUACACGUAAAGACAAAAGUAGAGGACGUCGAGACAGAAGUGAAAACGGCAGUAACAGUUUUGAAAGAGACAGUAACAGUCGCACAAGAAAAAAUGGAAUAUGUCGGAGCCGACUUGAAAUCAGCAGUAAAAGAAGUACACGCAAAAGUGGAAGAUGUUGGAGUUGACCUAAAAACGGCAGUAACAGACGUGCAAACAAAAAUGGAAGAGGUCGGAACACAUGUGAAAACGGUAGUAGCAGACGUGCAAACAAGAAUGGCAGAUGUCGGAUCGGACGUGAAAUUGGCAGUAACAGACGUGCAAACAAAAAUGGAAGGUGUCGGAACUGAAGUGAAAACGGCAGUAACAGACGUGAAAACGAAAAUAGAAGAUGUUGGAUCCGACGUGAAAACGGUAGUAAGAGAUGUCGGGUUCAAUAUUGACCUCAUAAGACAAGCAAUGCAAGACAGAGUUUCAGAAGGUAAGCUGCUACUAAACAAAAAGUUGUGUCAUAUUAUUAUACAAUAAGGUGCAAUAGUUAUGAAUCCCGUAACUGGCUUUAUUUGUUAUAAACUUUUGUUACAUUUCCUACUCUCUCAAAAUCCAACCAAAUGACCAGUAGAACCCUUUGUUAAGAUGUCAUAUUUUCUCGCUGCUCGCUUGCUUUUUUCGCUCAUCUGCACUAACCGAGAGCCCGGCACAGGCUAGUUAACAACAAAACAUCGUAUAUAAAAGGGAGCUCCUAAUAAUAACUGUACGACUUUUGAAUUCGCCUUGAUAUUUGAUUUGGCUUUCAUAACCAGUCACCUAAACCAGUGUCCUCUGAUAACUGUGCCCGAUCAGUUUUACGUUAGUGUCCUGAUAAUUACCACUAACGCCGGGAGAAACUGGUAUUGCUUGUUUGUGUGUAUCAGUUCUACCAUUCAAUUUGUAACUGAAAACCUGACGGAUCUAGGGGAGGGGCCUGGGGAGCCCAGGAUCCCACGUUAUUUUUAGGCCAAACUGAAGCCUGGACGAUCGGGAAAAUUAUUUUCGAGGCCAGGCCCCUCUCGGCUUAUCUUAGGGACUGGACGAGUAGGUCUCCCACUUACUUAAAAGCUCGGAAAAUAGGGAUAUUAAUUAUAUUUAACCGUGGACUAAGUAAAGCAAGAUGAAGAAAGAAUUGAUUAUUAUUGUGUACACAUUUAUAUUCUACCUCUAUCACUCUUGCUCUCUGGGAAUCUCCCGAGAAUGUGCGAGUGGAAUUUCAGUUAAAAAAAAUCACAUUCACCACUUGCACAUCAUACGAAAAUUUAUGCAUUUUUUAUUGGGGGUUGGGAGGGGGGGGGGUGGGGGGGUGGGGAGCAAGCAGGGUGCAUAUUGGGGGGGGUGCAAAGGGCGAAUUGGACUGCCUUAGACAUGUUAGAAGAGACUUUCUAAGCGCCGAAAGAUAAUGUCUCACGAUAGUUACAUUGCUUGACAUUGUUCGCAACGUCUCGACUGCUUACCUCUGGUUAUGAACAAGCAUGGCGAGACUACUAAAUCAGACCUACACACAAACCUAAAAUGUAGGGUCUACUUAAAAUACAUAAGCGUUACACAAGCUUCUGGGUCAGUGUUUAGAGGUUUGCAUACCAAUUUGUCAUCCCACGUAGGCUACAUCUUACUUUAUUGACACUAGGUUGUUCAGAUUGUGAUACGUGACUCAGAAUCGAAAUCAGACCAAUGAACCACUUUUCUAAAUCAAACUUUAAAAAAAACCAACUCAGUUAAAAUCUAUGAAAAUUCGUUUAAUAUAUCAAAAGCAAUGUUUAAUAAUGUGCUUGUGCUUCUGAGGGUUUCCGUUCAAUUUGAUCUUUCGAAAAGAGGCCAGGUAAGCAAACUGAUACAACACAGAGGAUGGUAAACCUGUGGUGCUACUGAUAACUAGUCACAUACAAUCAUCUCUUGAAGGUCAGAAAUACCAGCGAUCGAAACGUUACAAUCAAUCUCAAAGUGACUUUUGUGAAACAAACAGUAACAAAAACUUUCAUCGCUUUCGGCCACAGAGACCGUUCGCGAAUACAGGACCAUACAGCAACAGUGUCUGCGAACAGCUCAGAAAUGGCCUCAGAAACUCGUUGCACACACUCCAUAUCUGUCAGAGGUAGAGCUCUUUUAAACACCUUCCAAAUCCGUGCUAUCUUUCAAACAAGGUGUUGUUAGAAUUCAGUUUUCCUCUUGCUAUUAUAGUCUGAAGCACAGUAACAAUAUAAACUACUUAUUUUUCUUUUUAAGGCCCUAACGCUCCCCAGUCACGUAUACCUGACAAAAUACCAAACUUUGUUGGUCGUCAAGAAGAAUGUAAAGAAAUUCAGAAUCAUUUGACAGGAGGAAUCACUCGAAUCGUCAACGUGUGGGGUCCACCAGCAUUCGGAAAGACAUCAGUGGCCAUAAACGUAGCACAUCAAUUGAGAGAAAAUAACAUUCCAGUUUACUUUUUACCCCUCCGCGGUAUGACAACUAAAGAGGACUUAGUCUCAAAGUUGCUCAGUACGUUUGCAGACAAUAAUCAGGUACCUCAUACUUCCCCAUCUGACUGGCUUAUUUGGCGCUUACAGCAACUGCAAAAUCGGCAAAAUCUUUUAAUCUUAAUCUGGGACAAUGCCGAUGAUUUACUUCAAUCGGAAGAUGCCAAACAGAAACAAGAUGUGGUUCAAUUUAUUCAUGAAAUUCUUGCGCAGUGUUCUCAUAUCAAACUUCUCCUUACCACUAGAGCUUCCUUAGACUUCUUGAACCUCACGAUUCCCGUUAAUCUAGCGAAAAUUGAUAUGUUGGACGAAGUUUCUUCGGCAAGUUUAAUAAAGUUACUUUUACCAGAUGUGACGGAAGAUAUCUGCAAAUGCAUAGUACAGGAAUGUGGACAAGUUCCCCUUGCCAUGCGAUUAAUGUGUAACAUCAUAAAAGAAGAACACACUUCCAUUAGUGAGCUUUCAGAAGAACUGAGGAAUUCAACGCUCGUUAACGUUUUGGAUGACGAACGUUUUCCAGCAGAUAUUCGUCUAAAAAUACUAAUUAACAAAUCGUUCCAAAGACUCUCGAUUCAAGAAAGAAAAGCCUUUGUUUCUCUAACUGUUUUUCCUGGUUGGUUUAACACAAAUGAAGCUACAGCAGUGUUAGAUGUCAAGACAGACCGAGCAACCAAGAAAAUUAUUCGCUCCCUCGAGCGAAAUUCCUUGAUCAGCUGUGGGGAAAGCUUUAGCCGAUUCACAAUCCAUUCACUCUUCCGGUCCUUUGUUGAAGAACAGAGGCGAAAUGAUAAAACAAUUGAAGCCAUACUCUAUUCAGCCCAGCAUCGGUUUAACGACUAUUACAUCUCUUGUUUUACAAAUGCUAAUGAAAAAUUUUUAACGGGACCAUCCAAUGAAGCGUGGGAAAUGUUCGCGGGGCGGCGAGAGAACAUCCUCUUUUCUAUUACCAAUGGAAUAAGAGACGACGACCUCUAUUCCAAGAUUGUAAAGGUACUGUCUGUGGCAGAACUAUUUCUCUAUGCCGUAUUGUCAAAUGAGGUAGCGUUGUUCGAACAGCUUUAUGACACAGCCUUGUUAGAAGCAAAACAAAGACAAAUGGUCGAAGAUGAAUGGUUGUUGUUGGCCUCAAAGUCAUUUCGCUAUUGGGGCUGGUUUUCUUUGGAUUGGCAGCCCUGGGACGAUUCCCUUUCUGCUGAUUACUCCAACAAGGCUUAUUAUCCGGCAAAACUCAUUUGUUACCAAAGCAUUUACCAGCUACUCUGUGGAAAUCGUGAAGAGGGCAUAAUGUCUAUUUUCAGCGCUUUAGAUGGAUUAAGUUGUUGCCGUAAUGAUGAAAUUGUGCUAAAGCACCUUAUUUUCACAUUGCUUGAACGCAUUCUCGAUACAGAAGAAGCAAAUGCCCCACCAUUUAGAAAGCUACGCGAUGAAAGCCACUCUUACUGGGAGGCCAGAAUGUCAAGAAUACUUGAAACGCCCGACCUUCACAGCUUUCUCGACAACAAGGAUCUGUUCUUUUUGACUUUAUUGCUUUCUCCUUUCUCGGCAUUGGAUUACAGAAUUCGUGCGGAGGAUUAUGACAUGCUUUUUGUUCUUAGCAAACUCAUUCCAAGGUUCUGUGAAAACCAGGUGCCAGAAAACCUACCAGGUGAGAUACGCUUCUUGAUUUCCAUAUUUAAGGAAUCCUUCGAAACGCUGUCACCCCUGUUUCCUGAGGUAAAUUGGUUUACUUUGGAAAGUGCCACACAAGCUCAGCUUGAGUCCCUACGCUUGCAUUUUCUAGAAUUCACAGAUAAAAUUCUACAGAGUGGCGUCGAUUCAGAGCAGAGCUACAUCGCAACCAAGCUGCUCAUGAAAACACUUUUGCAAUGCCUUGAACUCUUUCCGGAUUUCCCAUCAUUUAUCACAAGUACAGGAGGGAAGAAUGUUGUGAAAUUUUUCAAUGAUACCUUUGACGAGGUUUUAAACCGCUCAAGCGAAAGGGUCCCUGAUACAGAUCUUCUAGACCUUGCAAGAAGUUAUGACAGUCUAGGCAAGUUAAAGCACCUCUUUAUCGGCAGCAGUGCAGCAAUAGAGUCUCAAAAAGAGGCCAUAAGAAUAAGAGAAGAGCACUUCGGAAAUCAUAUUGACACAGUGGCAAGUCUGAUAGACGUAGGGUGUAGUUACCUUAAAAUAAACAAUGAAAUCGAAGCUGGCAAAGCAUUUGAGAGUGCUUUAAAUUUGAGGAAACAGCUGGGAGUUUAUGAUCACGAGCACACUGCAUACAUUUAUGCUUUAAUCGGAGAAAACCAAUCAACCAAUGCUAACUACGAGGAAGCACUUAAUGCUCUCCUCAAGGCUGUUAAGAUUAGAAAGGAGCAUUUAGGACAACACCGACUUACCGCCAAAACUUUAAGCGAGGCAGCGAGUGCUUAUUUUAAACUACAAAGCUACCCAGAAGCUCUUCAGUGUUGUGAGCAGGCUUUUGAUAUGAGGCUUGACCUGUUAGGAGAGGAUGUGGACACAGCUGACAGCUUCAAUCUCCUGGGAUGUAUCCAUUUUAAAAUGGGUGAAAAUGUGUCAGCAAUUCAGAGUUUUGAAGGAGCUGCAGAAAUGAGAACAAAGCUGCUUGGUUACCACAAAGACACCGCUUGCAGUUACCACAACCUUGGUGUAGUGCAAAGAGAAGUGGGAGACCAACACGGAGCGUUGGGUUCCCUACAGAAAGCGGCAGACAUAAGGUCAAAACAGCUUGGCAGUCAUGUAGACACUGCGAGUAGUUACCACUGGCUUGGUGUAGUGCAGCGUGACAUGGGAGACCUCCGCGGAGCCUUGGUUUCCCUAAGGAAAGCGAAGGACAUGAGGUCAAAAAAGCUUGGUCGUCAUGUAGACACCGCAAGCAGUUACCAUCUCCUUGGUGCAGUGCAACGUAAUGUAGGAGACCUGCGCGGAGCGCUAGGUUCUCUAAAGAAGGCGGCAGACAUGAGGUCAAAAAAAUAUGGUAGUCAUGUAGACACUGCGAGCAGUUACCACUGGCUUGGUGUAGUGCAGCGUGACAUGGAAGACUUUGAUGGGGCUUUGAAGUCCCUAACAAAAGCGGCAGAUAUAAGAUCAAAAGAACUUGGGGAUCACAAAGACACCGCGAGCAGUUAUCACUGGCUUGGUGUAGUGCAGCGUCAUAUCGGAGAAGACAUCCCUGGAGCUUUGGGGACUCUAGAGAAAGCUGCAAUUAUGAGAUCUAACCUCCUUGGUGAUCACGAAGACACGGCAGACAGUUACCACAACGUUGGUGCAGUGCAGUACUUGAUGGGAGACCACAAGAAAGCUUCGGAGUUUCUACAGAGAGCAGCGCAUAUGAGAUCAAAUCUGCCUGGCGAUCAAAAAAACACGGCGUCCACUUACCACUUGCUUGGUUCGGUUCAGUAUGACAUGAAAGAUAUAGACAGCGCCGUGGAAUCUCUACAGAUGGCGUGGCAACUCAGAGAUGAAUUGCUAGGUGAACAUCACCCCGACACAGUUGACACCUUACAGCUACUCAGUCGGGUGUGUGAAGCUUCAUUACUGCACAGUUAG